UCCCACAUCCCACCAUUCAUUUCUCAGAUACCUCCAUCUUUUCUACUUCAUCAAAUCCCAUCGCCUCGCACUGGACCCGUCGUCAACGUCCACGUGUCGACAGCCCUCCAACUCACAGGCUAGAUAAACCCCCCAAAAAUGCUCCAACAACUCUAUUCAAAUGUUAGGCUCUGGCGACCUCACCAGCAACCUCAGCCGGCAGUCAGAGCCGAGCCCGUCUGAGUCAACAACACCAAGAGUCCUAACCAUAUUAUCUCAUGUGAUAGAGAAGCUAGUGGCUAGAAAUGACAAGCUUGUGGAUGACAUGGAUAAGAAGCUAGACGGGGUGAGCUCUGGUUUGGCUAGGGUUGGGAAGAGCUUGAAUGUGUUCCAUGGUGUGAGGGCUCCUAACAUAAGCAUCGUAAAGUACUUGGAGAGACUUUACAAGUACACAAGCUGCAGCCCAUCGUGUUUUGUGGUCGGAUAUGUUUAUAUAGACAGGCUGACACAUAAGCAUCCCGACUCGCUUGUGAUUUCACUGAAUGUACAUAGGUUGCUUGUUACAAGUGUCAUGGUUGCUUCUAAGAUGCUGGAUGAUGUGCACUAUAACAACGCAUUCUAUGCACGGGUUGGAGGAGUGAGCAAUGCAGAAUUGAACAGGCUUGAAAUGGAAUUCCUUUUCCUCUUGGAUUUUGGGUUUGUGGUCAGUUCUCGAGUCUUUGAAAGCUAUUGCUCGCACUUGGAGAAAGAGAUGAUGAUAAAUGGUGCAUCACAGAGAAUUGAAAGGGCCAUCGUCUCCAAUGCUGUUGAUGAUGUUACAGAGUUAUCAGUUGAAGAUACUCAAAGUUCUUCACCCCCUCAAGGAAUGGACUGACCUGAGUUGCUAUGUCUACAUUUUCUUUUCAUUGGCUUAGUAAUUCUUGUAACUUUGGGCACACUUUAUCAUGAACUACGUUCUUGUUUCUUCAAUUUUUGGUUCUUGACAUGCUCGAAGCUCAAACAGCUGGUUCGGCCCUUGGUUCUGAGGUCAAAGAUUCUCUGCUUAAUUUUCCUCCACCUCUCCAUUGCUCAGAUUUCGGAUUAUAUGGCCCAACCAGAGAGUCAUGUGUGGGAAAAGAAGGGAAUAAUUUAGGGGCAAAUUGCCUUUCUGACUUGAUCUCCAAGGAGAGAAUGAAGAUUGCAAAUCAGUCAAUUUCAACUUUCAAAGCUGUGAUAUCAAAUAUCCCAACCAUGCACAUGCAAAUGCUUAACAAUUAGCAAGUCAAUGGGAUUUGCAGAAUCUGGAGAAUUC